AUGAAGAGUCGCACGUCUAUGGUUUGUGAAGAACACUUCAAGACUGAGAUACAUGGCCUGGUCUCAGGUAUAACAAUUCUCAAUGAGGUCCUCAACACAUUUAGAUCAAAUCUGAAGAAGUUUGAGCAUCUGUAUGAAGGAACAGCAAUACAGGGAAACCCAACACUGCUGAAUGAGAUCUACACAGAGCUCUACAUCACAGAGAGUGAGAGUGGAGAGAUCAGUAAUGAACAUGAGGGAAAGAGAAUCGGGACGUCCAGCUUAUAUUUCCACUUCCUUUCAGAGAAAUCAACUUCCAAAACACUCAGUCUUUCAGAUCUUCUUCAUGUCUUUUUCCCUGAAAUUAAAGAAAUGGAAACAUCCAGUGAUAAAGUGUUGUUCAUCUUUGAAAGUGUCAUUUUGGAUUUUAAGAGUAAAGUGAAACUGUGUAAUAUAUCUAAAUCAGCCUCAGUGGAUGUGCUGCUGAUGAACCUGAUUGUGGGGAAUCUGCUUCCCUCUGCUCUCAUCUGGAUCACCUCCAGACCAGCAGCAGCUGAUCUCGUCCCCUCUGAGUGUGUCCAUCGAGUGACAGAGGUACGAGGCUUCAAUGAGCCACAGAAGGAGGAAUACUUCAGGAAGAGAAUCAGUGAUCAGAGUCUGGCCGACAGGAUCAUCUCACACCUGAAGUCAUUGAGGAGCCUCUACAUCAUGUGCCACAUCCCAGUGUUCUGCUGGAUCUCAGCCACUGUUCUAGAGAAGAUGUUGAGUCGAGCAGAGAGUGGAGAGAUUCCCAAGACUCUCACUCAAAUGUACACACACUUCCUGAUCCUUCAGACCAACAUCAAACAUGAGAAGGACUAUGAGAAGAAGGUGACAGAUGAAGACGUGAUCCUCAAACUGGGGAAAGUAGCUUUUCAGCAGCUUGUGAAAAGAAACCUGAUCUAUGGGGAAGAUCUGAGAGAGUGUGGCAUUGAUGUGACCUGUCAUCGACCUAAGUGAGCGGGAUCAUUUUGACAGGAGGACAGAACAACACUUAAAGAAGAAUGGCAAAUCCUAGGGUCAUCAGUGGGUGUCAGUAA